ACAAGGCGGCACUAAAGCGUCACGUGACUUUGCUGUUAGUGGAAAGAAAUCCGAGGAACCGUGGAAAGGUUGUUUUCCCCGUUUAAAGUCUUGCUUUAGGUGGACUGGUUCUAAGGUUCUCCGAGGAAUGUGGAACAACAAUAACUAGUCUUCAUCUGUGGGGGCAGCGUUGCCUGUCGAUGAUCCAGCAGAGAAGAAGAAGAAAGGAUCGAGGGAAAAGAAAGCAGCGGCUCCUCUGUUGAUUCUGCUCCUCCGGCUCAGGAUGGACCUGUCCAGCAGGCUGCAGGUAUGGCAGCAGCUGGCCCAGACCUGCGGCCUCAGCAGCAUUGAACAAAGCCUUCAGCAGCUUUGGAUGCUGCUGCUCCUCUGCCUCCUGUGCAGAGUCUGCUUCAGACUGGGACUUGUGCUGACUGUGAAGCAUGCAGUGUCUGCACUGACGGGGAUGAUGGGGCUGUUCCUGUUCUUCGAGCUCCAGAUGCUGUGGGUGCUGUCGCUCAGCGGGCUCUGUUAUGUCAUCCUGCUGCUCUGCAGGCACACCAGCAGCAGAGGACUCUUUCUCUCUGCUGUCAUCCUCAUCUACCUUCUGUUUGGAGAGCUGCACUUAAUCGAUGCAGUGACUUGGCACAGGAUUAGAGGUUCUCAGAUGGUGGUGGCCAUGAAGGCCAUCUCAUUGGCCUUUGAUUUGGACAGAGGAGCGGUGUGCAGCCUUCCCUCCCCAGCCCAGUUUCUAGGCUAUCUCCUGUUUGUGGGCACUGCUGUCUUCGGCCCAUGGAUCAGUUUCUCCGCCUACAAGAGAGCGGUUGAUGGUGUUGAGCUGAGCUGGUCAUGGCUGCUCAGCUCAUCCCUCAGCCUCCUGAAGAGUCACAUUUGUCUGCUAGUGUGCACCUGCAUCGCCCCCUACCUGUUCCCCCUGUUUGUCCCAAUAUAUGGAAACUCACUCACGCAAAGGUGGCUGCGUGCUUAUGAGAACGCAGUGUCCUUCCACUUCAGUAACUACUACGUGGGUCACCUCAGUGAGGGCACCAGCAUGUUGGCUGGAGCUUGCUUCACUGAAGAGAAGGAGCACAUCUGCUGGGACAUGAGCGUGGUGAAGCCCCUGCAAGUGGAAAUACCCCGGUCAAUGGUGUUGGUCGUGACGUCUUGGAACAUCCCAAUGUCCCGAUGGCUGAAAAGUUAUGUCUUCAAGAAUGCCAUGAAGCUGGGAACUUUUCCUGCCAUCCUGGUGACCUACACAGCCAGCGCUCUGUUGCAUGGCCUGAGCUUCCACCUUGGAGCUGUCCUGCUCUCACUGGGAUUCAUCACCUAUGUGGAGCACGUCCUGAGGAAGAGGCUUGCGUACAUCUUCAAUGCAUGCAUCCUGUCCAGACCCUGUCCCUCCGACUGCAGCCACCAACACAAGAAGAAUUAUUGGGUGAUGUUGUUGAACCUGGUCUUCAGCUUUCUAACCAUCUUCCAUCUCACCUACUUGGGUUCCAUGUUUGAUCCUGGCACUGAUGAACAGGAAGUGGAAGAGGGGUAUGCAGCCAUUCACACCAUCCAAAGGUGGUCCGAGCUGAACUGGGCCAGUCAUUGGAUUGUGUUUGCUUGUUGGAUCUUCUACCGUUUGAUUCUGUGACUGAGUCACAGCGUCUGGGAAAGAAAACCAACGCCAAGCUGUGGAGGGCCUGGAUGACCACCCCUGACAUGGAAAGUGUUACACAUGUCCCCUGACAUGCUUGAGCCACUGCCACAGAGCUGACGGGGAGCUCACGUGAAUGUGAAGCAGUGAAGACCCUCCUUUGACUUUUGUGGGAUCUGAUUCUAGCUGGACUCGCAAAUUAGCUGAAUUUGAAAUGAUGAAUAACAGAGGAGAGAUAAUGCAUCUGUGUGGACAGAAUGUGGAGGGAAACACUUCUAUCUGUCUGGAGAUGGACACAUUUACUGUUGUCAUAUGGUGUUAUUUUUAUACUGCAGUUUUUUGUAUUUUUGUUUGCAGAAAUGUUUUUAGCUAGUCAUUGUACUGAACUUUAUACACUCACAUAAUGGUCCAGACUGUUACAUUUGCUGUUGUUGUUAUUGGAAUGAGUUAUACAUUAAAUAUUUGUACUGAUGGAAACA